AUGUUUUGGAAACUCGCCUCUCUUUCUGCUUCCUCUCCCGUGGAGGCUAUAUUAGACAAGGAUAAUUUCACUUUAGAAGAGCUUCUGGAUGAGGAGGAAGUAAUCCAAGAAUGCAAGGCCUUAAACAGUCGUCUUAUCAAUUUUUUGAGAGAUCCAGCUCAGGUUGAGCAAUUGCUACGCUACAUUAUCGAAGAACCACCACAAGAUGCUGAAAGUAAACGGACCUUCAAGUUUCCAUUCAUUGCCUGCGAGAUUUUUACAUGUGAAAUUGAUGUCAUCUUGAAGACUUUGGUGGAUGAAGAAGAGUUGAUGAACUUAUUAUUCUCCUUUUUGGAGCCUAAUCGUUCCCAUAGUGCCUUGUUGGCUGGCUACUUUAGCAAGGUUGUUGUUUGCCUAAUGAUUCGAAAGACAGUGUCACUUAUGAAUUAUGUUCAGGCCCAUCAGAAUGUUUUUCGCCAAUUGGUUGAUUUGAUUGGAAUCACAUCCAUUAUGGAGGUUUUGGUUCGAUUAGUAGGCGCCGAUGACCAUGUGUAUCCCAAUUUUAUUGAUGUGAUGCAAUGGUUGGCUGAGAGCAACCUGCUCGAAAUGAUUGUUGAUAAAUUAAGUCCAUCUUGCCCCCCUGAAGUUAAUGCCAAUGCAGCUGAAACAUUAUGUACAAUAACACGAAAUGCCUCAUCUACUCUAGCAAUUAAAUUAUCAAGCCCAAGUUUUGUCGCAAAAAUUUUGGGCUAUGCAUUGGAAGAUUCACAAUCGAAGUCUACCCUUGUGAACUCACUUUCCGUGUGUAUUUCCUUGUUGGACCCGAAAAGAUCUAAUGUACCAUCUCCCCUUUUUCAUUCAUUCCGAAGUCAACACAUGUAUGAGCCACAUAUUCCUGUAAAGCCAGAGACUAUUAGUGCAAUGUUCCCUAAACUCAGUGACUUGCUAAUGCUUUUGAGUGUGUCGUCCGAUGAGAAAGUAUUGCCUACAACAUAUGGAGAAUUGAGACCUCCACUUGGGAAGCAUAGAUUAAAGAUUGUUGAGUUCAUUGCAGUCCUCUUAAAAACCGGAAAUGAAGCUGCAGAAAAAGAAAUGGUCAACUCGGGAACCAUUAAACGAGUUAUUGAUCUUUUUUUUGAGUAUCCAUAUAAUAAUUCAUUACACCAUCAUGUUGAAAGUAUUGUCUUAUCAUGUUUGGAGAGUAAAACUGAUGCCAUUGUUAAUCAUCUUCUGCGAGAUUGUGAUUUAAUUGAAAGGGUUAUCCAAGCAGAUAAACAUUCUGUUCUCUCUUCCGACAGAAAUCUGCCAACUGUACCUGCUACUGGAAAACAGGCACCACGGGCAGGAAACAUUGGCCAUAUUACUCGAAUUGUUAACAAACUUGUUCACUUGACACACAGCCGAAGCCACAUACUGACAUGUCUUCAGGAGAAUAGUGAAUGGAAUGAAUGGCAGGCUACUGUGCUUCAGAAUCGUAAUGUGGUUGAGAAUGUUAACCGUUGGGCUUGUGGACGCCCGACUGCUUUACAAGAUAGGAUGAGGGAUAGCGAUGACGACGACAUUCAUGACAGGGACUAUGAUGUUGCAGCUUUAGCUAAUAAUUUGAGUCAGGCCUUUAGAUAUAAACUUUAUGGGAAUGAGGAUAAUGAAGAGGAACGUGGAAGCCAUGAUCGAGAUGAUGAGGAUGUCUACUUUGAUGAUGACUCUGCCCAAGUAGUCAUAUCGUCUCUAAGACUCGGUGAUGAACAAGGGAGUAGUUUGUUUACAAACUCCAACUGGUUUGCAUUCCAAGACGACAGAAUUGGUGAUGCCAAUGGAGGUACAACAUCAUCUGAUAUGAUGGAUGAGAUAAACUUGAAUGGUGCUGCUAAUGGUGGUAACAACAGUGACGAUGAGGUAGUGGUUGGAGAGGAUGAAGAAUUGGAUGAAAGCAAAAAUACUAUGAAUGACACAUCUAGCUCUAGCACAAACUUCUUUGGUGGAUUACCAGGUAGCAAUUCCGGGAAUGGAGGUGCUUCAAAUGAUACAGGUUUCUUCAGAUUUGAGGCAUCAGACAAGGAAGAGUGUUUUGGUGACAGGCCUUUGCCCGAUUGGGUGGGAUGGGGAGAACCUUCAGAUAUGCAAGUAACCGGUGCAAGCAUGAACCCAUUUGUGGAUCAUGAUGAGUCUGGUAGCAGCCCUUCUACUAAGCCUCAAAUAGGUAGCCCUAAUUCUAACUCUCCAAAAGCAGAAUCUAUUUCUUCGAAUGGUUCACCAAAUAGUAAAGAUUUGAUUGACGGGGUUGGCGACUCAACUCAAAGAUCAGCAGCAGUGCCCUCACUAUUUGAGGAGGAUGUUGAAUUUGUAGGUGUAGAAUUAGAAGGUACUGAGAAGGCUAUGGAACAGGCUCUUAAAGAGGGGAUAGUUGGGGAAGCAGGACCGUUGAAAAGAAACAUGUCCCCAAAAGCAGCCGAAAAGGAAAACUCCGAAGACGGUAAUCCUGGAAUGAAGGAAUUCAAUGACGCCAAUUACUGGAGGGUUGAUCAAGAGGUUGCUGUUCUGGAGUGA